CCCACUAGUCCACACGGAGAAAUCCUCCCCCACCGUAGAAGCUCAACAACAAGGUCCCACUCGAGAUGAAGGCCGUUUCUUCAUCAAAUGAUGGCUCCUGGCCGGACGUCAACUUGGGUAAAUUGUACAAAGUGGCCUCGGAAGUGGCGCUGCCUGCUAGGUUCCUGGGGAGGAUACUGAAUGCCGGCCUGGUGCUCUUCACCAACCUCCUGGCCGCGGUGGUGGGCAGCGGCCCGGCGGGUCACUUCCACCUGCCGCUCAACGCGCUGGUUCUGUUCGGCCCGCUGCUGAGCCUCUGGACGUCCAGCUACAGCAUCUUCGCCAACAGGAACCACUUCCUCUACAGGAAGUUCCUGGUGUCGGCGUGGGGAUGGACCUUCUGCGUGGCCGGCUCCUUCGUCGUCCUCCUCUCCUACUCGGCACGGCGCUCCGCCCUGCUGUCGCUGCGCCACCUAGCGCGUCUCGCCCUCACCGGGCUGCUCUGGUGGGGCACCGGGCGUCUGGUGUGCCUCCUGGAGGACGCCGCCGGGACCUGCUUCCAGCCCGUGGCGGCGGCGGCGGCGGGCGGGGGGAGCGACCUCGCCGGACAGCCCCUGCUGCUGCUGCAGGAGGCCCAGAGCAAGGCGUCCUGCCUCCGAGCGGGCCAGGUGUGGCGCGGCUACGAAGUGUCCCAGGACACCCUCACGCUCUGCCUGUGCUGCCUGCUGCUGGUGGAGGAGAUGGCCGCGUUUGGCCCCCAUGUCCUCAGGGCGGAGGCCCCGACGGGACCCCCCGCCGGAGCUCCACUCAGGAUCCUCUUCCUGCUCUGUGUGUUCCUGUUGACUCUCUGGCUGUUUCUGCUGCUGUGUCUGCUUGCAUACUUCCCGCAGUUCCCUGCCCAGCAGCUAGGAGGCGCUAUAGCCUAUCUGGGGUGGAGGGGGCUUUACCAGGGUUGGUAUCGCCUAAAGCCCAGCUGGUUCUGUCCCGGUCCGCCAGGAGUUGGACUGGACUGAUAAACAUAAGUCAGGCAGAUAGAUUUCUAGUUUAUGAUUAUGUACACUAAUAGUGUUUUGAGAAACCAAUAACUUCUGACAUGAGAAAGGCCAUCCAUACUCAGACUGAGGCCUCCUACCCGGAGCAGGUGCAGGAGCAGCUGGAGAACGGCAGACACAACGGUGGUUUUACUUGUGUGACGUGUGUCAACACGCACUGGAUACCAGUAGAAGCUCUGCCUGCCAUGUUCCGUUUCUUGUUUUGAUCUGCUGGUGCUUGGACCUACGUAGUCCACUUAAGAAAUACCUCUUUGAGAAGGCUUGAGAUGCAGAUACUACUUUUCUUCACACCCGUUUUCCUGGAAGGUUCAGCCACAAGUAGUUCUAAUAUAUUUGAUAAUAUAUUUGUUAUCGCUGGAGAGGCAGAGUUCUCCUUCAUCCGGUGCUUGAAACUCAUGUUUUGAUGGAAUAUCUUUUUAACAGUAAAAAACCUUUUUGAAAAUGUCUGCUCCAGUUAAGUAUCAGAUUUUCGUGUGUGUUGUGGAGUAGAGACGUGACGACUAUGUUCAGUUAUUUUCCAUGACCUACUCCGUGAUGUAUAUUUACUGGUACAUAAACUUUCUGCAUACUCA